AUGGUCCGUGUUCUGAUAACAGGCUCUACGGAUGGCUUUGGCCUUGAGGCUGCCCGUCAGCUGGUUCAGCGAGGUCACACAGUCUAUCUUCAUGCGCGUAACCAAGUGCGCGCAGAUUAUGCCAAGGCAAAAUGCCCUGGAGCCGCUGGCGUCCUGAUUGCAGACUUGACAAGCGUGAUAGAGACGCGCAAAAUGGCCGAGGAAGCAAACACGAUUGGUGCCUUCGACUCUGUCAUUCUUAAUGCCGGAUUACUCUACGGACCAUUCCGCAAGACGCCAGAUACUGGCGUGCCAGCUAUGGUUUUCGUGAAUAUUCUCGCACCUUAUAUUCUUACCUGUCUCUUGACACCCCCCAAACGACUUACCUUUAUUGCUUCUGUCCUACACAGAGAGGCUAAUACGGACUUGAAGGAUAUAUUCUGGUUUGAGCGCGGGGAAACCGAAUUCAAGGAUUUCCCAGCCUACUGCGAUUCGAAGUUCCAUGUCAUGCUUCUUGCUAAUGCGGUGGCGAGGCGGUUCAAGAGCACCUCGGUCACCUCUGUGCAUCCUGGAUGGGUUCCUACCAAGAUUGGAACUUCAGACGCCACCGAUAAGCUGGAGGAUGGUGUCGAUGCUAGGCUUUAG